GAUUUAGAGAUGGUGAUGUCUAAUAGCAAAGAUAACUGGUGUGAAGAAGACAUUGCAGAGCUACUGGAAAGAAUGGAGAACAACCUUCCACCCAAUGACAACCACACAUUCAAAACAACCCAGUCACAUAUGGACUGGGGAAAAGUAGCUUUUAAAGAUUAUUCCGGAGAAAUGUGCAAACUCAAGUGGUUAGAGAUUUCUUAUAAAUUGAGAAAGAUUCGCACUUUGAAAGAAUUAGUGUUGGAAGCUAAGGAACAUGUUAAAAAUUCCUACAAAAGCAAAAUGUGCAGGAAACAUCCAGACAUGCCCAAGCAGCCCCUGACUCCUUACCUUCGCUUCUUCAAGGAGAAGCGGCCCUUGUAUUCCCAAAUGCACCCCAAACUCAACAACAAGGAGCUGACCAUGGUCAUGUCUGAGAAAUACAAGGAGCUCCCAGAGGAGAUGAAGCUGAAAUAUAUUCAAGAUUUCCAGAAGGAGAAACAGGAGUUUCAGGAGAAACUGGCUCAAUUCAAGAUAGACCACCCUGAGCUAAUCCAGAACUCCAAGCCAUCUGUUGUUCACAAAAGGAACCCAAACAGAGCCCCCAGGAAAUUUCAGAAAAAAGGGAAAGAAGUGAAGUCUUCCCCAAAAAACUAUUUUUCUGAGUUUAAAUUCCAUGGAGAGCCCAAGAAGCCCCCCAUGAACGAAUACCAUAAGUUCCACCAGGAUUUGUGGUCUAGUAGGGAGCUGCAAGGCCUGCCCCUGAGGGAGCGCAUGGUGGAGAUUAGCAGACGCUGGCAGCGCAUCCCAAGGAGCCAGAGGGAGCAUUAUAGGAAGCAGGCUGAGGAGCUGCAGAAACAGUACAAGGUGGACCUGGAGCAUUGGCUUAAGAGUCUGUCUCCUGAAGAGUACGCUGCCUACAGAGAGAGAACCUCUGGGAAGCGGAAGAACAUGAACAUGCGUGGAGGCCCGGACCCCAAGAUCAUCAGGACAGAUGUGCAGUCUCCACCAGCAGGGACUCUGCAAGGAGGGCUUGCACAGGAGCAGGAGUUGCAGGCUCCAGGGAUGGAGUCAUCAGGGACUUCCCAGGGAUCUGAAGAAAAGAAGGAACAUGGGGAAAAGGCAGAAGGCACUGAGUCCUCAGGCUCCAGCAGUGAAGAUGUAGAUGUAGAAUGUGAGGACAGCAACUCCAGCCUCUGA